AUGCCGCUUUCCCUCUUCCCUUCACUCCGCUCGCUCUUGCUCCGCCGCGCUGCCCUGCCCGUCUCCCUCGCCGCUGCCGCAGCUGCCAUGCCUGUCCCGCUCGACCUCGCUCGCCUCGACGCAUCCGAGGCGCUCGCUCUCAUCCGCAAGGACGAGGUGACUGUCACGCAGUAUGUGCAGGCGCUGAUUUCGCGGAUUGAGGAGCGGGAUCCAAUUGUGCGGGCUUGGGCGUACUUCGACCCCGCCUACGCUCUCGAGCAAGCCAAAGCACUCGAUGCCCUCCCUCGCGAGAAGCGAGGACCGCUGCAUGGCUUGCCAGUCGGCGUCAAGGACAUCAUGCUCACCAAGGACAUGCCUACUCAGUACCGUUCGCCCAUCUACUCGUCGAAAGUGCCGAUUGGGAUGGACUCGGCUCCGGUGAUGACCUUGCGAGCACAAGGCGCUCUCAUGCUCGGCAAGACGACUACGACCGAAUUCGCUACUUGCCAUACAGGCUGCGAGACGGUCAACCCGCACGACACCUCUCGCACACCUGGUGGCUCGUCUUCGGGUUCUGGAGCAGCAGUAGCAGACUUCCAAGUCCCUGUCGCGCUCGGCACCCAGACGGGUGGCUCUGUCAUCCGUCCUGCCUCCUUCAACGGCAUCUACGGGCUGAAGCCAACCUGGAACGCGAUCAGCCGCGAAGGCGUAAAGAUCUACUCUCUCACAUGCGACACGGUCGGCUUCUUCAGCCGCUCCAUUGCCGACCUCCAGCUCCUCACCUCAGCCUUCCAAAUCCGCGACGACAUUCCUCCUCCCUCCGCUCCUCUCUCGCUCAAAGGCGCCAAGUUCGGUUUCGUCAAGACUUGCGUCUGGCCGCGCGCGACGGAGGGGACGGUCAAGGCGUUUGGGAAAGCGAAGGAGUUGCUCGAGGCGGAGGGAGCGGUUGUUGAGGAGGUUGAGCUGCCGAAGGAAUUCGACGAGGUGCCGAGGCUCUAUCAAUAUGUGCUCUCAAGCGAAGGCCGCUCCGCCUUCCUCGGCGACUACCUUCUCAACCCCUCGAAACUCGAUCCGCUCAUCGUCUCACACUCGCGCAACGACCUCCACGUAACACGCAAGAAGCACCUCGAAGGCUACGACAAGAUCGCCGCGCUGCGACCCAUUAUCGACGAGAUUGCGAGCAGGUACGAUGCGCUCGUUACGCCCUCGACGACGGAUGAGGCGCCAGUGCUUGUUGAGCCUGAGCGGCACACGGGAGAGGCCGUCUUCAACCUUAUCUGGACAAUCCUCCAUGUCCCGGUGUUGAACCUGCCGGGCUUCGCAGGUCCCGCUGGCUGUCCACUCGGCCUUUCUCUCGUUGCCCCCCGCUUCGAGGACGAGCGGCUGCUACACGUCGGCGCGGCAGUCGGUCGGGUCUUCGCUGCGAAGGGAGGCUGGGCGUCUGCGCUGUAG